ACACAUACACAGUCGGCCACGCGCGCGCUCUCCGGCCCCACUCGCGCCGCGCGGGCCUCGGCGGGCCGCUUUGUCCGCCGCCCGGCUCCCGCCGGCGUCGCCGCUCCCCGCGCGCCCGCCCCGGGCCCGGCCCCCCGCUGCCUCGGGCUCCGCGCGGGGCGCCGCUUGCGGGAGUCCGACCCGGGAAGGGGGCGCGGCCGGCCUCGGACGCCCCCGGCCCCGCACCGAGGAGCCGCGGCAGCAGACUCUUCAGUGGAGAGAACCGUGUCCCGCCUCACGAUGUCCCGACGAAGCCAGCGCCUCACGCGCUACUCCCAGGGGGACGACGAUGGGGGCAGCAGCAGCAGCGGAGGAAGCUCAGUAAUGGGGAGCCAGAGUGUCCUGUUUAAAGACAGUUCUCUCAGGAGUUUGAAGAGGAAACCCAGUGGCAUGAAGCGCCUCUCUCCGGUGCCCCAGCUGGGCCCAUCGCCUGACACGCACACCUCCUACUACAGCGAGUCCGUGGUCAGGGAGUCCUACAUAGGCAGCCCCCGGGCCGCCUCCCUCGCCAGGAGCGCCAUCCUCAAUGACCAGCUGGACGGUGACUCCUACUGGGGCGAGGACCUGAGGGUGAGGAGGAGGCGAGGUACCGGGGGCACCGAGAGUGGCAAAACCAAUGGGCUCACGGGGCUCAAGGUCUCCGAGGACUUCCUUGGAUCCUCUUCUGGCUACUCCUCCGAGGAUGACUUCGGAGGGUACUCGGAUCUGGAGCAGCGCUCUGCAGGCUCUGGGCUUCGGAAUGCCGUCUCGCGGGCAGGCUCCUUUCUCUGGAUGGUGGUCACUUCUCCAGGCCGGCUCUUUGGACUUCUCUACUGGUGGGCUGGCACAACCUGGUACCGCCUGACUACAGCCGCCUCCCUUCUGGAUGUCUUUGUGUUAACCAGGCGCGUCUCAUCCCUGAAGACCUUCCUGCGCUUCCUCCUGCUGCUCCUGCUCCUGACGGGCCUGACCUACGGUGCUUGGUAUCUCUACCUGCACGGGCUGCAGACAUUCCACCCUGCUGUGCUUUCCUGGUGGGCAGCAAAGGGCAGCAGCAGGCAGCAGGAGGUGUGGCAACCCAGAGAGUCGGAACCCCAUUUCCAAGCCGAGCAGCGCCUCCUGUCCCGCGUGCACUCCCUGGAGCGGCGCCUGGAAGCUCUGGCUGCUGAGUUUUCCUCCAACUGGCAGAAGGAGGCCCUGCGGCUGGAACGCCUGGAGCUGCGGCAGGGGGCCUCCGGCCUCGGGGGUGGCGGCGGCCUGAGCCACGAGGACACUCUGGUGCUCCUGGAAGGGCUGGUGAACCGCCGCGAGGCUGCGCUGAAGGAGGACUUCCGCAGGGACACGGCCGCUCGGCUCCAGGAAGAACUGGUCACCCUGAGAGCAGAGCAUCAGCAAGACUUGGACGACCUCUUCAAGAAGAUAGUCCAGGCUUCCCAGGAGUCUGAGGCUCGUCUCCAGCAGCUGAAGUCAGAGUGGCAGAGGAUGACACAGGAAUCCUUCUGGGAGAAUUCCAUGAAGGAGCUGGGGCGACUGGAGGGCCAGCUUGCAGGCCUGCGGCAGGAGCUGACGGCCCUGACCCUGAAGCAGAGCUCAGUGGCAGAUCAAGUGGGCCAGCUGACCCCGCAGAUCCAGGCUGUGCGGGAUGACGUGGAGUCGCAGUUCCCUGCCUGGAUCAGUCAGUUCCUUCUCCGAGGUGGGGGAACUCGCACUGGGCUCCUGCAGCAAGAGGAUGUGCAAGCUCAACUGCAACAACUGGAGAGCAAGAUCCUCGCCCAAGUGGCAGAGAUGCAGGGCAAGUCGGCGAGGGAGGCCGCAGCUAGCCUGGGGCUGACGCUGCAGCAGGAAGGUGUGAUCGGGGUGACUGAAGAGCAGGUGCACCGCAUCGUAAACCAGGCCCUGAAGCGCUACAGUGAGGACCGCAUCGGGAUGGUGGACUAUGCUCUGGAAUCAGGAGGGGCCAGUGUAAUCAGUACCCGCUGCUCCGAGACCUAUGAAACCAAGACGGCCCUCCUGAGCCUCUUCGGCAUCCCGCUGUGGUACCACUCACAGUCACCCCGAGUCAUUCUCCAGCCGGACGUGCACCCGGGCAACUGCUGGGCCUUUCAGGGAGCGCAGGGCUUUGCCGUGGUGCGCCUUUCUGCCCGCAUCCGCCCCACUGCUGUCACCUUGGAGCAUGUGCCCAAAUCCCUGUCGCCCAACAGCAGCAUCUCCAGUGCCCCCAAGGACUUCGCCAUCUUUGGGUUUGAUGAAGACCUGCAGCAGGAGGGGACGCUCCUAGGGAAGUUCACCUAUGACCAGGACGGGGAGCCCAUCCAGACGUUUUAUUUUCAGGACGCUAAAAUGGCCCUGUACCAGGUGGUGGAGCUGCGGAUCCUGACCAACUGGGGCCACCCCGAGUACACCUGCAUCUACCGCUUCAGGGUGCACGGGGAGCCCGCCCACUAGGCCUUCCUUCUGUGCCUACUGCCAGCUGUCUGGGAGUCCGGCCCACAGGCCUGAGCUGCCCCUCUCAGCACGCACCCCCUUCUCUGGGGGUGAGUGAGCAGCACCCCUACCAAUUCCCCUACACGCUUGAUCCUCGCUCUGACUUCCAGGAGCAAGAAAGAAGAGCACCUGGCUCAAGGGAAGAAGAGGAAGACUAUUCAGGGGCUUUUCCUGGGCAGUGGGGCAGCUUGAGGCCGACAGCAGCGCUGGAGAUCUCCUUUCAUUCUCUGUUCUGCCGUCCGGGCCAUGCAUCUGCUUUCCCCUUCUGGAAGGGUGUAUAUAUGUACCAUAUCAUGGGGGAGGCGGUGGCAGGGAAAGAGUGAGCUGAUGUGACUCUGCAAAGGCCAGGGGAAGCCUGACAGCCCUGGGCCUUGGUGGAGGGGCUGGCACCCAGGGAGCUGCUGUGGCAUGUGAAAGGAGACGGUGCCAAAGCUGUGGGUUGGAGGAGCCGGGGCUUGGGGCUAGGGGUAGAGCUGCCCUCCCCCAGGCCCUCAGGGAGGAGGGUGCUCCAGGGACUGAUCCCCAGGCAGGAAGUGUCUGGGCUCCUCCGGCAAAGCUCGCGCCCUCAGCCGAGGAAAGCUGGGCCCACAGCUUUGUCCGGAGCCAGGGUGGGGCCAAGGGCUUCUGGCAUCCUAGGGGGGCCGGGGUCCUGUGAGCCUCCUAGGGGCACUGCCCUGUGUAGCUCUGCGUGGCCCAGGGCCAGCCUUGCUGGGGAGUAUUGCUUUUUCUCUUCCUUGAGGCCUAGGCUCCUCGUUCCUGCCUCUACCCCAGAGCAAGCUUUCCAAGUUCCCCUAGGGUCUCGGGAACUCAUCUGGGGGCAGGUAAGGGGUGGGGAGCAGAGGACUCCUGGGCUCUCAUGGCCUGGUGACGAUGAUGAUGGUGACUUUCAGGGUGUCAGGGUAGGUCUGUCUGCACUGUAGUCACUGCCCUACCCCAAACUAGUCAGGCCCCUAAUGUGAGGGGCCCUAACCCUCAGGCUGCCCCUUUGGGCUUUUUCAGCUGUUGCUGGGAUUCUGUUUUCUUUUCUGGCUUGUUUUUCAUGGGGGAAGUUGGGUGAUGGGUUGGGGUGAUAGAAAUUACACUAGGUAGGGAGAGGGGACAAUGAGGCCUUUAGACCCAGCAGGCCCUACUGUAUUAUGUAUAUAUUUUUCAAGAUUUGUUUUUUAACUGAAAAAAAGGCUAAGGGCUUGAAUUCUAGCCCUGUCCUGGGUGGGGUGGGGAGCUUUGGGUAACUAGCUGCCAAGAGGAUUUGGGAUACUGGUUCUGGCUAUGUUAUUGAUUCUGGCCUAUUAGGAAGGGGGCAGGAGGGGCUGCUGUGCAGACAGGUGCCCUUGGGUCCAGGGUUGGGCUCCGAAUCAUUUCCUGGAGGAUGGAGCUGGAGGGAAAUGGAGGCAAGGCCCAAGGGCUGGCCUGCGGUCCUCCAACGCUGGGCCCUGCAAAGGCCCUACCCUGCCCACAGACAACCAGGAUUUGUUUUGCGCUCUCCUGUCACAAAUGCUGCACUAUUGGUUCUUAAUUUUUUAUCUCCAGAUUCUAAUUUAUGCCUAUGCAAAAAAUAAAUUAUGCCCAGGACUAA